GACAUCUCUCAGUCUUCUCUCUGUUACGAGUGGGGAAAGAGUGUAGAAGGUGCAAUUAGAGUGUUCAGGUCUUGAAGUCUUGACACUUCUCUGGUUGUUGUGCCACGUUGUGCGCGAGACUUUAGUCUGAAAUCGUGCGUCUUUUUCGCAUCUCGCCUCGUGCAUCGGCGUGACGAUUAGAAAAAGUUACGUGUUUCCCUUCCGCGAAGUUCGCAUCGUCACCGUCGCGACAGACAAGCAUGGCCGAGAACAAUGCGAUGGAGGAAUUCGAGCCCUCCAUCAAAAACGUGAUCGAGCAACGUUCCUUACGAUGGAUAUUCGUGGGCGGCAAAGGCGGAGUCGGAAAAACAACUUGCAGUUGUUCUCUGGCGGUACAAUUAUCCAAAGUUAGAGAGAGUGUACUUAUCAUAUCCACAGAUCCGGCGCAUAAUAUUUCCGAUGCAUUUGAUCAGAAAUUUAGUAAAGUACCUACAAAAGUCAAGGGUUUCGAUAACUUGUUUGCCAUGGAGAUCGAUCCAAAUGUUGGUAUUACGGAAUUGCCAGAGGAAUACUUUGACAGCGAAGGAGUUUCAGGAGGGGAAGCAAUGAGAUUAAGCAAAAAUGUUAUGCAAGAAAUUGUUGGUGCAUUUCCUGGCAUAGACGAGGCAAUGAGUUAUGCAGAAGUUAUGAAGCUUGUGAAAGGAAUGAAUUUCUCCGUUGUGGUUUUUGAUACUGCACCUACUGGACAUACUCUAAGGUUACUAUCAUUUCCACAAGUGGUUGAAAAAGGAUUGGGGAAAUUAAUGCGUUUGAAAAUGAAGAUUAGUCCUUUCAUUACACAGAUAAGUUCAUUGUUGGGCUUGGCAGAGUUUAAUGUAGAUACAUUUUCCAAUAAGAUGGAGGAAAUGCUUGCUGUCAUUCGACAAGUUAAUGAACAGUUUAGAAAUCCUGAUCAAACAACUUUUAUAUGUGUCUGUAUAGCAGAAUUUCUGUCAUUAUAUGAAACGGAACGACUUGUACAAGAAUUAACAAAAUAUGAUAUUGACACUCAUAAUAUCAUAGUGAACCAACUGUUAUUCUUGAAAGAAGGAGAUACUCCUUGUCGGCUUUGUCUCGCAAGGCAUAAAAUUCAAGAUAAAUAUCUAGAUCAGAUAUUAGAUCUUUAUGAGGACUUCCAUAUCACACGGCUUCCUUUAUUGGAAAGAGAAGUACGCGGAGCUCAACAGGUCAGGGAAUUUUCGGAAAAUCUUGUUAAACCAUACAAGCCUUAGCAUUUAUGUAAUUAAUGAUUAAUAAUACAAUAUACACUUUACACUUAAUUCGAAGUUUUUAUACACUUGCAAUUCCGCGUGUUGGAAAUUUGUAUAAAGAAAGCUGAAUCUUAAUUAUAUUGCUCGAUGUUUGUUAUUAUAUAUGUUAAUAAAUUCAGUACUGCAUUCAUUUGCACGUACUAUGUA